GCGGGCGGGAGUGCGCUUGCGGGGCUCCGCGCUCCUCUGCCGGGCUUCUCCCUUGUGCUGCUGGGCGCCCUGCUGCUGACCUGAGAUCGGGCUGGGGGAGAGGCUCGCGGGGGGCUUUUCGAGGGGCCGCGGCCUUUGCUCGCUCUGCCUCGCCGCUCCCCCACCAUGGCUUAUCAGGGCUUCACGGCGGAGUAUUUGGGGAUCCCCGCCGUGACGCGCGCCUACACCACCGCCUGCGUCAUCACCACCGCUGCCGUGCAACUGGAUCUCCUCACGCCUUUCCAGCUGUACUUCAACCCGGACCUCAUUUUCAGGAAGCUGCAGAUCUGGAGGCUCCUCACCAACUUCCUGUUUUUCGGGCCCUUGGGAUUCAGCUUCUUCUUCAACAUGAUAUUCUUGUAUAGAUACUGCCGCAUGCUGGAAGAAGGCUCUUUCCGUGGAAGGACAGCAGACUUCAUCUUCAUGUUCCUUUUUGGAGGGUUUCUCAUGACACUUUUUGGCCUCUUUGCUGGCCUCUUCUUCCUAGGCCAGGCAUUCACCAUCAUGCUGGUUUAUGUGUGGAGCCGGAGGAACCCUUACAUCCGCAUGAACUUCUUUGGUCUGCUGAACUUCCAGGCCCCAUUCCUACCAUGGGUCUUGAUGGGCUUCUCAUUACUGCUGGGCAACUCCAUUCUCAUUGACCUCCUAGGAAUUGCUGUGGGCCAUGUCUAUUACUUCCUUGAGGAUGUUUUCCCUAACCAGCCUGGAGGGAAGAAAUUGCUACUUACACCAGGAUUCUUGAAGCUUGUGUUUGACCCCCCAGAGGAGGAUCCUAACUACAAUCCCCUCCCUGAGGAGACUCCAGCUCCUGCUCAAGACCCAGACCAACCACAGCUACCAUAGUAAUUGAGGCACAGUCAUUUCCCCUGCCUUAUAUGGUGCUGAACCAGAUACAGAUUGCCAUCUCAGCAGUGCUGAUUCGUAUUCUUGUGCCACUCUCCUUUCAAUGGGCAAGCUACGCUGCAGCUCAGGAGAUGGAAGGAGAACUCCAUGGAAGUGUUGAAUGAUGCAAAGGAGUGGAAGAUGCAUUUGUUGAACUCCCUGGGAAGCUAUGGCCAGAAGACUCUACAGACUGCGCAUCUAGAAUCAGGUGGUUCAGCAUCUUGAGCACUAUCAACUUCCAGCAGAGAUUUCACUCUUAAUGGUGUCUUAAAAGACAUUGAAAAGAGCUGCUGCCUUUUCAAUGGUCGCAGUGUGUUCUGUGUGCCAAGAUGCAUGGAAUGGGGGUCUGGCACAAUUCAGCUUAGCUUUCCUUUUUCUCCAGCUUUUUAGGCCUCAGGUGGCUAAGAAGUUUUGCACAGGCAGGAGCUACUGAAACCCUCAUCCCAGGCUGGGCUCCCUGUUUUCUUGCUUCCUUUGCCCACCCCAAGUUCUGUUUUUUUUUAAAAAAAAAUGUGUGGCUACUGAGUUUUAUAUUCCUUCAGGAUUACAGCAGGUAAAACCUCCUGAUCUGUUUAAUAAGUUACUCAUUCCUAUUUUACAGAUGAGGAGCAGAAGAUGGCAACAGGUAUCAAGACAACUAGAACCAAUUUGAAAUCAAAUUGACCAGGUCAGGGGGGAAAAACACUGCCUGUGGCUCUCAGUUACAAUUCUGCUUCUCCUUGUGGCCUGUACCAUGACAUUUGGUAGCAAUUAAUGUAACAGCCCUGUAGCCUUGACUCUAGCCUUCAAAUGCUGAGUGAGAGAAAAGACCCCCCCAUUCCCUUGCUCUGUAAUUUAAUUUUGAAAUCAAGUGGGUGCAUAAUAUAUCAGAAGACAUCUGGCCAGGACAAGUACAGCCCGUCUCUCUGCUUCUCCUUUCUUCCACAAUCACCUUCCAUAAUUACAGACCCAAUAAAUGCGAUCAGAAUUAUGAACAGCA